ACUGGCGUCUGGUCAGACAGUCUGCAACUCGGGAAGAAGCGAAUAGGAGGGGCGUGAAUUGGGGAUGCCACAGGAAUGAUCCAUUAACCCCGCACAGCCCACAUCCGCAUGUAUGGAUUAGUUUCCCCCGAAGUGUAAUCCAUCAUCUUUAUUGUAUCCGCGCGCAUUGAACUUCCUUCAGUAUCUCCGACUGCUCACAUUCACUUUGCACGCGGAGCACAUGACGAAGCAACAGAGAUGUUCUGAAUGAAAAGAGGAUCUGGCAGCCUUUGGAUAACAAUGCUGGAGAACUUGAGCGGAGGCCACAGCGAUCGACCCUCCUCUAGAUCCUCCUCCUCCUUCAGCUUCUCCAGCCUGUUCCCUCUGCCGCACCGCCUUCACAUGGAUGGAAGCAGUCAUCCAUUCAGGAGGACUCUGUACCGGCUGAAGUUGGUCAGUUCUCCAAAUCUGAGUCAGCUGGGCAAAAAUGAGAAGGCUUCACUGGAGGAGAGAGGAUCAGGUCCAAACGCCACAUGGAACAGCAUUCACAACGCAGUUAUUGCUGUUUUUCAAAAGAAAGGACUGGCAGACAAUGAACUCUAUACACUCAACGAAGGCGUGAGGCAGCUAUUAAAAACUGAGCUGGGCUCGUUCUUUACAGAGUAUCUUCAGAAUCAACUUUUAACUAAAGGCAUGGUCAUUUUACGGGACAAAAUAAGGUUUUAUGAAGGUCAGAAGUUACUGGACUCUCUGGCUGAGACAUGGGACUUUUUCUUUUGUGAUGUUCUCACCAUGCUUCAAGCCAUCUUUCACCCCGUCCAGGGGAAGGAGCCGUCAGUGCGUCAACUGGCCCUGCUGCACUUCCGAAACACCAUCACCCUUAACAUGAAGCUGGACGAGGCUCUGUCCAGACCACGAGCCCGGGUCCCACCCUCCAUCAUCCAGAUGCUUCUGGUAUUACAGGGGGUUCACGAGUCUAAAGGUGUGAGCGAAGAGUACCUGAAGCUGGAGUCUCUCCUUCAGAAGGUGGUGUCGCCAUAUCUGGGCACACAAGGACUGUGUUCACACGAGUGUGGAGCUUCUCACUGCUCCUGCUUUAUUGAGCGGCGUUUGCAGUAUUGCUGGUCCAAAUCUGCAGAUCUGCCGUCCACUAACCCAGUAGUUCGCUCCAAAAGUUACAACAUCCCCAUGCUGACACCCGUGGCCGAGUAUGACUCUGAAGUGAGCUCAGUUGGGAGCGUGGGCAUCCGGCGCCACUCAGCAUGUGAUGUUACUUCCUGUAUAGAGCACCAGGGCUAUUCGGCCCUAUCUGUGGGAAUUGAGACCAGCUCCACCCCCAGACUCUCACUCGAUCACGACCUCAUGAUGCGAGGAGCCGUGGGACAACCCUCACUUAUUUCUCCACCCGUGUUCAUCCACACUUCCACAGGGUGUCUACACGCUCCAGACGCCCAGAUUGCAUCAUCCGAAUCGGAAAAGGUGGUUUCAUCGCCCCCGAGUUGCUCCUCCAGUCCGGAGACGAUUGUAAUGCAAGGACUGGAUUCACUGGAAUCGGAUCCCGAAGGAAUCUUCAUCGAUUUUUCCCACUGCCGCUCCGAUUCUUUUGGAACGAGCAGGAAAACGAGCUGAUUGUGACGAAUCCAUGAUUAUGAUCUACCACUAUUUUCUGUGAAGUAGCUGUUUCGUGUUUGUUUUUUACUGGAAUUUUUAUUCCAGCUUUGCGCAAAAACAUUAAGGCUGCUUUAAUGGGGAGAGGACUCGAUUUAAAGUGAUCUUUCUCAUAACGUUCUAAACCCUGUGGAUGAAUUUUUGAAAUUUUCUACAUAGUUUUUUCAUAGACGACUAUUGAUGUCGAAUGUCUUCAUUUAAUUAUUAUUACGCAGUUUAUUGUCUCUCGCUUUGUGUUUAAAUGGGUGGUUAGAUUUACCUCUAUUUGGUGAAUUUUUGCGAGCAAAAUAUUAUAUAUUGCAAUUAGAAAUUUCACAAAAGAUUUGGCAAUGUUGGUUGUAGGCUAGAAUUGACGAGGUGUCCUAUUUUUUUUCCAGAGGAGUCCUGUAUUUCAGCUCUGUUUUUAGUGUCUAGACUUAUUAUAAAAGCAUCUAGUUUUGUUCCAUAUUUAAUUCUUCAUUGCUGAGUACUAGUAGUAGUCAUCGUCAUCUAAAAAACAGCCUAAUUAAUGGUAGUCAGUCAUGUGAUAGUAUACUUUGAAGAACAAAGUGACCAUCCAGUCACAUUUUCAAAUUGGCGUGUGUGAAGUUGCAGUUUCGUCCAUCUUCAGUAAUGCCUCAUUUCCAAUGAGCGGUGUGGUACAGUACGAUUCGUUAUGGGUAGGGCCAGACAGACUCUAUGGACAUUUUUGGCUAUUUCUUUAAAGAAUUUGGUAAAAAAUUUAUGAGGAAUGCUUUUGGGAGUAUCGUAACUUAAUACUUAAUAUAUUGAAUAAAAAAUAAUAAGUUAGAUCCACUUAUUAGGUAAACAAAGCAAGUCUCUUUUAUAAUAUAUCUACUAAAAGACAUAAAAUAUUACUUUACAAACUGUAUUGUACAUAAAUCAUAUGAACAUUUUUAACAUUUGUCAAUAAUAUUUUUGAAAUUAAUUUUAAACUGAAUAAAUAUAAAUGUACAAACGUUUACACAAGUAAAUAAAUAGACUCAAUGAUGGGCUAAAAAUCUGCAGAUUUCUGCGCGUGCAGAUUCCAUGUGGGCCUAGUUACUGGUCACCCUGAUCAGGCCUACAGUAAUUUUUCUCGACCCUUACUUAUUGAGUGUGAUGUUUGCCAGAAGUUGUGAUUUAUUUUAUUGUCAUUAUUUCUCUGGCAUCAAGAAGAAAGGCAUUCUGGCCAUUCACAAAUCGCGUCAAGUUCAUUAUUUCAAAUGUAGAUGAGUACCAAUUGCGCACAAAUAUAGAGAGGAAGCAGCGCGACUUGCGCUUUCCACAUGUUUACAUGCGACAUUUCAACAGCCCCAUAAACAACAAUAGAGGACAUACAGCAAAUCCUCUUCUUGCUUGGCAUGUGGCUGGUUGACCCAAGAAGACGAGUUUGUUUGAGUUUGGAUCAACCAUUGUUAAUUGCUCCGUGCCAUCAGUGUGUUAUUACGGUGUUGUGUUUUGGGUUCGUAUUUAAAAAUGAAGCUUCCUGUGUUGCUAUUCCCCUGGCUUGUUGCUCACGCAGGUGAUGAUUUUCUGUAAACCAAUAGCGUUUAGCAGCGUGUCUAGCUCCACCCUUUUGGUAUCAUACUGUUGUGCUAGAUGAAAAGGGUCACAAAGAAGCAGUACGGUAUGCUAUUUUGUCACUUUUGACAGUAGAAGUGAAAUAAAUAUGUACCAUAUUGUACUGUACCGCUCAAUGGAAACUAAUCAUAAUUGAGAGCAUAGAUUCGCCGGUUAGAAAAGUGAUUUGCUAUAGUUAUAGCUGGAUAACAUGAAUAGAUAAUAGAAGAUAUGUUGAGAGAAAACAUACAAUUUCCUAAAGUUUACUGAGUCUCAUAUAAUUGAUCACUCUGUUUUUAAAAUCACCUUAACUUUAUAUUUACCUCAACAAAGCCUUUCAGCAGAAAGUAAAAUAACACAGAGAAUCUAUGCCAUUUGUCCGCCCUGUAUUCAACUAUGAGAAAACUAGUCACCCUAUGGUGUCACAAUUAUUAUUAUUUUACACAAUAUAUGUGCAUGACGCAGUACAUUCCUCAUUGUGUUUGCAUAAAAAUGAGGCAGAGGUGGGGCUUAGACAGUUCGUCGGUCUUUUCAGAUACUUUUCAGUGACUCAAAAAUUUACUCAAGGUGUUAUUUAGCAUUUUCUUGAUUACUACAGCCAGUUUCAAAGAAAUAACCCAAAACAUCUUUAAUUUCCAGUAAUAUGUUUAACAACGCAUAUUUUUCCCCUCUGUUUUAGCUUUCUGUCCACACUGAGAUGGCCAUUUUGUUUACAAAUCCAGAGCUUUUCAAAAAAUCCUUUAAAUAACAUUAUUUCCUGUUGGCGCAGACUGAAAACAGGCUUUUGUCUAUAAACUAUAGUGCAUCGUCACGCGAAGCAGUCAUGUGACCCAUUCAACGUUGACAUACUGCCAUUGUUUUGGCUGCUGUCCAGUUUGAUACCAUUGAUAAAGAUUAACGUCAAUUUGUAUGUACUUCAGAUUGCAUUUCUUUAAUGGGAUCUGCAAUUGCAGUACAAUUUUCAUAUUAAUAUGAGUUAAUGUACACGUGUACCACGCAGCUAUAAAGACAACGGAAAAUGACGCACUUUCUCAUAUAGCUACUAUGAAGUCUGUGGCUGCGUCCGAAACCGCCUACUACUCAGUAGGUACUGCAUUUAAAUUUAAACGUACUACUCGGCCAUUAGAAAAGUACGUUCUAUACAGUAUGAAUGCGAGUAGGAACUCGGACGUACUAAAUCUGCCAUUUUGUCACGAUAAUUUUACCCGCUUGAGUAGCGUCGCUUCACUCCCAUUUAUGAAUUCUCUCGCGGUGCAUCAUGGGAUAGCAUAGCAUGCAUCAGAUGCACACUUCAGAAUCUCGCCGGAAGUAGUAGGUCAUCUGGGUACUUCUCGCAUACUGCUUUUCUAAUUCUAUAAAAUCGGACCUACUACUCGGCUCGCAUUUAUUGUUUUUAGUGAACUAUUAUAGUAUAGAAGCAUAUGAUUUCGGGCGUAGCUAAUGACUACCGAUUUAACACUCUUUGUCGUGUGCUGCAAUCUACAGAAAAACUAGUAAUGUUAAUAAAUACAUUUUGAAUAUUUUCAAGACAAUAUAGGCUAGUGCACUUCAGAUUGUAGCUAUUGUGACAAUUUUAACUUUACGCAAUGUAAUUUGCUGCGUGUUAAUCCAAAUUAAACAUUUUGCUUGGCGCCAGUGGUGUAGUGAGUAGUGCGUCGACACAUGCACUCCGGUGCUCACGGCGACCUGAGUUCGAUUCCCGCCUCGCAGUCCUAUGCUGAUUUUGGUCUGAAAGUGGCUCGCAGGAAUUCACCAAUUUGACCGCACUUUAAGUGAGCUUCACGUAACGUAAUGUGCAGAGGCGACAGAAUCACUAAAUGUAGAAAUAUUGCUUCCAUUUUUGUCGCGUUUGUGCACUAUUUAUUAUCAUAGGGCUUUAAACGAACUACAUUUAGUGCUUUAAAUCAUUGAAAAUCUGAGCUGCACUCUUAAUGGUAUAUAAUGAAAUGAUUCUCUAUUAGUUGCGCUAAGGAUAAAACAGUGCAGAACGUUGUACUUUUUGAACGUUGUACUUUUUUUUCAUGCUUUUAUGUGAUGAUAAUGAGCUGCCAGUGAGGGAACAGGGUUUGCUGAUUGAAUGUGUUAACAAAAAUUCCCUUUUAGUUAGUUAGUUGACAUAGCUUAAAUAGAGAGAGGUUAUGUUAGAUGUAACUGGAAUAUGAAAGUUGGCUUACUGGCAAUAACAAGAUUUUUUAUAAUGUGAUUUUUAUAUAAAAUGGUGUAUUUAAAAUAUUCUUUUUAAAUUUAGGAGAUAAUUUAAUGGGCAUAAUUGGAAAAUGUAUAUUCAAGAAUAUGAAAUUGAAAGCUUAAAAAUCCAAUUGUGUAAAAAAAGGUACUUUAAAGAGGAUUUUUGUGAUUUUUGUUUGUAAUUAUUAUGUAUGGAAUCUUUUUGACUUGGGUUAUAAAUUGAUCAGUUUCUCUGUAGUUUUAUAGGAGUAAUUUGAGCAUAUCUUGCAUAGAUUUUUACACAGGCAACAUUUUUAGACAUUUAAAACGUUUACAGUGGUACUUUAAUACCUUGCACUGUCAUAUAUGAAGUCUGUACUUUGUUUCAUACUGAAUUUGUUAUCAGCUUUCAUGUGUGCUGCUGUGGACAACCUCAACAAAACUGAAUUUGUAGUAAAAUACUUUUAUGCUUCAUGUUUA